AUGCUCGCUGGCGGGCUGGCAAUUUUCAUCUUCCUCGUCACAGCGUUUCUCCAGUGGGCCUCUAUCGAAGGCAGUAUUCCAAAUCUUGUCGUCUCUUGGAUACUCAAUGGUUAUUUAGGCUGGCGUUACCCGAUCAAGUCCACCGAUGGCCAGACUACCAUCCCAGGAUGUCCCUAUGUGUACCCAGAUGGCCAGGGGAAUAUGGCAAAGUUCUACAACGACAUGUCGAAGAAAUGGCGGUCGGACUACGGGCCAAUCUAUCGAAUCUGGAAUGGCACUCGACCAGAAGUUAUCGUCGGAUGCCCAGAGAACAUCAAGGGCAUUUUCCAGGACUCUGGAGAGCACUUAAAGGCCCCAGAUAUGAACGCUGGGUGGGUUGUGGGGGAGCUGAUGGGCAAAUGCCUUGGCUUAGCCAACCAGAGUGACUGGAGUCGAAUCCUUGUAGCUAUGGCCGAACCCUUCCACCAGCGUGCUGCCCCUGAGUAUAUCGAGUUGGUGGAGAAGCGUGUCAAGAAAGCCAUGGCAGAAGUCGAGAGCAAAACAGAUCAGCUGGGUCAGAACGGGAUGGUUAUCAACCCGGCCAAUGAGUUUCUCUACCUUCCAUUCUUCAUUCUAGGAGAUAUCCUUUAUGGGUCGCUGGAUAAAGAGAUGGAAGAAGACCUUCGGAGUAUUGCCCUUCUCCGAGACCAGCUUUGGAAGGAAGGAAUGUCCGGAGGCUUGGCGCGUUAUGCGAUUGGGCGCUUCGUUCCAGGGGGACGCCGUCGUAAGCUCCUUUCCUUCCAUAGGCGCUGGAAGAGCUUCAAUGACCGAGCGUAUAAACGGGCUCAGUCCUCAGGUCCUGCCAAUGCUCCGGUUGUCAGCAUGUAUCGCUCUGUCUCUGAGGGCGCGCUGACCGAGACAGAGCUCCUCCACACUUUAGACGAGGUGAUCUUUGUGAACCUCGAUGUGACCGUGGGGAACUUCUCCUGGAACCCGGUUUUCUUGGCUGCGCACCCAGAGUUCCAAAAAAAGAUCCAUGAAGAGAUUCAACAAGCUCGUCGGGGUGAGGGGGAGGCUUUCAGUUCAUGGAAGGCGUACCUCUCGAGCACCUCCACUUUGCUUAUGUCCUCAAUCCUGGAGUCCUCUCGACUGAAGCCCAUGGCUUCCUUCGCUGUGCCUCAGUCUUGUCCCUCAGACCGAGUGGUCGGAGGCUUCGUUAUCCCUGCACACACGGAAAUCGUUGUCGACACUGAUGCCCUGAACGUGGAGAAUCCUGCAUGGGGUGCCGACCGACACGAAUACAACCCAGAGAGGUUUGUUGGGAAGAGUGCAGUUAGCUGGCGAUAUCGAUUUUGGCGAUUUGGGUUUGGUCCGCGGCAGUGUCUAGGACGGCAUGUGGUGGAUAUUUUGUUGAAGACUUUGUUGGCGGAGAUUGUGGACAACUAUACUCUGACUCCAGGGUGGGAUGAAGGGAACAAAGAACACAAGGAGUGGGCGAAAAAUCCUGAGGUGUGGAUGAAUUUAGCUAUUCAGCCUACUGUCUGGAAGAAAAGGGAGAUGCAUGUCCAGGAGCGAGGAGUCUUGAUCAGACAGUGA